AUGUCAAAUACUUUCAAUGGUGAAAUUAAAGAAAUACCAGGUAUCUAUGUUGAUCGAUUUCAUACAAAAGGAGAUUUAUAUUUUUUAACACAUUCACAUCAAGAUCAUUUACAAGGAUUAUUAUCAAAAAGCUUUUGUAACAAAGUUUAUUGCCUGCAAUUAACAAAAGAUAUAAUAGCAUUAGAUUCAAGGUAUGAAGAGAAAUUAAAAUAUUUGAUCCCAGUUGAAUACAACAAAUCAUUUCAAUUGCUGACUUUUUUAUCAGUUGUGACAGUCACAAUGAUUGAAACUUAUCAUGCACCUGGUUCAUCCAUGUUUUUAUUUGAAUCAGAUGAUGACAUUUCAGUAUUAGUAACAGGAGAUAUUAGAGCUGAAGAAUGGUGGACAUCAUCUUUAAUUAAAAAUAGAAUAUUAUUUCCAUACAUUACUGGAUCAAAAAAGUUGGAUAUAAUUUACUUAGAUACAACAUUUAGUUAUCGAGGGGAACCAUAUAUUAAAAUCAUGCCCAACAGUGAUGGAGUAGUGGCAUUAAUAGAAUUAUUGAAGUUGUAUCCCACUGAUCCUGACAUCGAGUUUUCUUUUGUUGAUGCUGUUUCUGGUUCUGAGGAAAUUUGGUUACAAGUUGCUGAUCAUUUUAAUGGAACUAUUUCAGCAAACGAAUUGGUUACUGAAAGAAUAAAAUUGAUUAAAAAUUAUCACUUAGAAGGUGAUGGUCCUGUUUUUAAUGUUGGUAAUUUAAAAAAAGAUAUUCCAAUUAUGAUUGCAAUUAAACAUACUAUAAAUUUUAAUAUUAUUGAUUAUGCUGGAUUUUGUUUACCUGUUAAAGUGGACACAAUAGAUGCGAGACAAUUAGUACUACUACAAAUACUACGAAAUGGUCAUCAAUUAUAUUUAUAUCAAGACAGACAAUGGAUAUUACCUAAAGAUGGAUUAGAAUUGUUGCCUUUGUGUUUGAUGCUUAUGUUUUCACGUCAUUCAUCAUAUGAAGAAUCCAUGAGAUUUAUUGGACUAUUCAAACCUAAACUGGUAUUUCCUUGUUGUGAUUCAAAAAAGUCAUGGCUAAAUGGUUUUACAAUUGAAAGAGUUUUUGGUUCAGUAUGUUCUUCAAAAGAUCAUAGAUAUGAUAAAGAAAAAACAGAAUUAUAUGGCUUACCUGAUCAUCUGAUAUUAGAACGUAAAGUUGUUUCAAUUGAUCGUUGGUCUUUUUCACAAUGUUUACAAGAAGUUGACUUUGUCGAACAAUACACAAAAAAAGAAAGACCAUUUAAAGGUGUACUUAAAUUAAUUGAUGAUAAUGGUGAUAAAUCAGCUUAUUAUUCAUAUAUUAAAGAUUUUAAACUUCAAUCAAUUAUAGCAGGUAGAAAUGAAGCAAAAUAUAAAAAAGUAGUAAAUUAUCAUCAAGAUAUUAAACAAAUGAAAAUAAAUGAAAUUGAUCAUGGAUCAGAUUUGGAGAGUGAUUCAAGUACACCUUCUUUGAAUUUUGAAUCAUCUACUCCAACUGAUCCAUCAACAGAGAUAGACAUUGUUUAUUCAAGUGUUUAUACUGAACAAUCAAUAUCAGAAAUGAACAAUAGUAAUCUUUAUUUAUCCCCUUUUAUCAAUCAUAAAGAAAUUGACGAAAUAGCACAAAAGUUAAGAGAAGAUAGAAGAAAUUGGCAUGGAAUGAAAUUAAAAUGUAUAAAUUCUGCUAAUAAAAAAAUUAAAAAGUAA